UACGUUGUAAGAGGGCGCCAGUGUGUCCUUCUGGGACCCUUUUUUGAUAAAAUAAGGAGUUUUGCAAAAUAGAAAUUAAUAUUUCAAGAUACUGAAGCAGUAAUUUAAUAAAUUAACACAAUGACGGAAGAAACAGGACCGUGGUUUAUAAAACUUUACAAUACUCUGUAUGAUGUGUUCGUGAAACCUGUCGAAUACUUUCGAGAAAAGGUUGUUGAGCCCAAUCAACAAAAAUAUCCUUGGUAUCAUAAAAAAUUUAGACGAGUACCAACUAUUGAUGAAUGCUAUGAAGAUGAUAUAGUUUGUACUUUUGAAGCUCAAUAUCAAUAUCUAAGAGAUCGGGAAGUCGACCUUAGCAUCCUCGCUAUUUUGAGACAAAGACAUCAAGAUUGUUUUCUUUGGAAUUUCGAAGAUCCUCAUGUUUGUGAUUAUCUUGAUGAUGCUUUAGAAGAUGCAUCUACAAAUUGGAAUAUAAAACAUGGUGAUUUAAGUGGCUAUCCUCAUGUUCGAGAAGCUUUCAUGAAACAAAAACAUCGUAUGGUUUGGGAAAGAAGACACGGCCCAGUAGGAACGGGAAUGAAAGAUUCGAAAAAAACCCAAAACGAAUAAUUACUAUACGUAGAGCUAUUGUAAGAUUCUAUUUGUAGAUAUUAAAGAAUAAAUAUUUAAUAAAAUAAUAUGGUAUACUGUAA